AUGCCUUCCAUCCUCCCGGCCUACACGCUUCCCGACCACAGCAUUCAGGUAGCGAUCGACAGAGGAGGCACCUUCGGGGGCACGUAUCGCACGUCGUCCUGGCCUCUGGAGGACGGCGAGCGCAAAGAGAUCAUCUUCAAGCUCCUCUCGGUCGACCCCUCGCACUACGCCGAUGCACCUACCGAAGCCUGCCGCCGUGUCCUCGAACUUGCGACCGGUACGAAGAUCCCUCGAGGCGUCAAACUUGAGACGGCCAAGUUCGACUACAUCCGCCUGUCAACAACGGUCGCGACCAACGCCCUCCUCGAGCGCAAGGGCGCCCCUCACGUCUUCGUGACGACCAAGGGCUUCCGCGACCUCCUCCGGAUCGGCAACCAGUCUCGACCCAACAUCUUUGCUCUCAACGUCCGUCGCGCCGAGGUCCUGUACGAGUCGGUUCUCGAGGUCGACGAGCGAGUGACCCUUCACGGCUACACCUACGACCCCGACUUUGAGAAGAACGCGCCCAAGUUUGACGACGCUGGCAAGCUCAUCAGCGACCACGAGGGCGAGUUCGUGCGUGGAGUGUCGGGAGAAGCGGUGCAGAUCCUGCGGAAGCCCGACCUCGCCAAGGUCCGCAGCGACCUGCAGGCGAUCUACGACCGUGGCGUCCGCUCGGUCGCCAUCUGCUUCGUCCACUCGUUCACCUUUCCCGACCACGAGAACCUCGUUGCCGACAUCUGCCGCGACAUCGGCUUCCCUCAGAUCUCUGUCUCGUCAGCGCUCUCGCCGCAGAUCAAGGCCGUUCCGCGCGCAACGUCUGCCUCGGUCGAUGCCUACCUAAACCCGGUGCUCAAGGACUACCUUCGCGGCUUCUUCAAGGGUUUCGAGUCCUCCCUCGCCGACGGUACGUCCGGGGCACGCGUCGAGUUCAUGACAAGCGAGGGCACCCUCGUCGACGUCGCUCACUUCUCCGGCCUGCGCUCCAUCCUCUCUGGGCCGGCCGGCGGCGUCGUCGGCUACAGCUUGACGAGCUGGGACGAGAAGGAGCCUGGCAACCGUCCACUGGUCGCACUCGACGUUGGCGGAACUAGCUCAGACGUGUCACGCUUCGAUGGACGCUUCGAAAAGACGUACGAGACGACGACGGCCGGCGUCUCGAUCCAGUGCCCGCAGCUCGACAUCAAUACGGUUGCCGCAGGAGGAGGUUCAUGCCUCACCUUUCGCAACGGGCUCUUCCGCACGGGUCCCGAGUCUGCCGGUGCGCAUCCUGGACCGGCGUGCUACCGCAAGGGCGGCCCGCUCGCCAUCACCGACGCCAACCUCGUCCUGGGCCGCCUCGUGCCCGAGAUCUUCCCUCGCAUCUUCGGCCCGAGCGAGGACCAGCCCAUCUCGCGCGAGGACUCGGUCAAGGCGUUCGAGGAACUGAGGCGCGAGAUCAAUGCCUACAACGUCGAGCACGGCAACGGCAAGGAGAUGACGCUCGACGAGGUCGCUUUCGGGUUCAUCAAGGUCGCGAACGAGACGAUGGCCCGCCCGAUCCGCGCGCUCACCGAGUCGAGGGGUUUGUCGACGUCCAAGCACAUCCUCGCGGCUUUCGGCGGAGCCGGCGGUCAGCAUGCCUGCGAACUUGCGCGCACCCUCGGCAUCAACACAAUCCUUAUUCACCGCUACUCGUCCAUCCUCUCGGCCUACGGCAUGGCCCUCUCGAACCGCGCCUUUGAGAAGCAGGAGCCUUGCGCAGCCGAGUACAACGACGCCAACAAGCCGGCCCUGCUCGACCGCAUUGAGCGGCUGCGAACGCAGGUCGUCGAGGAGCUUCGGCGGCAAGGCUUUGCGGCGAACAGGAUCGACGUCGAGUGCUACCUGAACAUGCGCUACGACGGCUCCGACACGUCUCUCAUGACCCUCGCUCCCGCCGACGGCUCGUUCGACUACCAGUCCGCGUUCGAGGCAAUGUACCGCACCGAGUUCGGCUUCCUCAUCGAAGGCAAGGCCGUCAUGGUCGACGACGUCCGAGUACGCGGUAUUGGCCGCACGUUCGACUCGCUCGGCGAGUCCGUCCACGCCGAGGUUCGCAAGACGACCUUCUCGCCCGCCGGCGUCGAUGCCAAGGCGGAGAAGAGUCGGACGAGCAUGUACUUCGAGCAGACUGGCCGCGUGGACGUCCCCGUCUACCUGCUCGACAACCUCGCGACCGGCGACCUAGUCGAAGGACCGUCCGCCAUCGUCGACGGCACGGCCACCCUGAUCCUCGACCCGGGCGCAUCGGCCAAGAUCUGCUCUCGUCAUGUAUACAUCACUCUCGCUUGA